GCCACGCUGUCCACCAUUUUGAAUGGUUUCAUUUUCUGCACUACGUAAUGUUCAUGUGCUAACUAUCAAGAAAAAUACACUGUGUGACUAUACCAAUCGGUCUUAAUAUUGACAUGUCGUCUCGCGGUCGAGGAUAUGGCGGGAGGGGCAACUACUCAGGUCGUGGUAGCAGCUACAGAGGGUCUUAUCGUGGAAGUAACAGCCGUGGCAGCUAUGAUAGUGGACGAGGUGGCCGAGGAGGAUAUUCUUCUUAUAACAAUGACUCUCGUUACAACAGCAGCAGCACUAACAGAUAUUCAUCAACCCGUGAUAGAAUAGAUGAUUCUUAUAAAAAACCAUAUCGUUCGGAAAGUUCUGCUAGUUAUUCAAAUCGUGACUAUGGUGGUAGAUCAGGUUCACCAGAUCGCAAAAGGAUGAGAAUGGAGGGCUCCUCGAGCGAUAGACGUAGUCACGACGGAGGGCACUAUGGCGGGUCGUACGGCGGUAGACAGGACAGUUACGGCGGCGAGAGACGGUCGUUCGGCGAGGACAGAAGGCGGUCGCCGGUCCGAGACGGCUAUCGCAAAGCGAGCGGCAUGGGCCCGCCGCGCGAGCCGCCGCGCGCCGCCCGGCCGCGCGCGCCGCGCCGCUCCUUCCGCGGACGCACGCUGCGCUCGCGCGCCUCCUACCGAGGAGCCCCUCGCUCGCGCGGCUCCUUCACCUCCCGCCGAUUCGCGGAGCGAUCGCUAGGGUACACGCGGGCGUUCAGGUCCGUUAAGGGGCGAAGCUCUAUAAAAUCAAAAGAAGAUGAAGCGUCGUCUACAGAGGAAGAUUGGGAAGCAGAUGAAAAGGAAGAAACUAUUGAAGAUAAAAAAGAGGCCAAAACUAAAUCACCUAAGGCGGAAGCCGAAGCUUCGGAGGGUGACGGCGGCGACGGCGGCGAGGACACCGACAAGGAAGCAGAUGCAGCUUCCGAACCUGCUAAAUCACAACCUUACGUUCACCUUUCCUGCGUGCAUUGCAAGGAAAAAUGUGCAACAUUUGCUGGGUACGCGAAACAUCUGCUAACGAGCAGGCACCGGGCGGCGAUGAGCGCGGUGGCGCGGCGCCACAAGGCGCAGCUACUGCGCAUGCGCGUGGCGCAGCGCGGCGCGCAGCGCGAGCUGGAGGCGGCGGCCGGCGCCGAGCUGGCGGCGCGCACCACCUUCUGCCUCGUGUGCCGCCUCAACCACCGCACCACGCGCCACUCGCACAACCUCACCGACACGCACCGCGCCAUGAAGCGCUUCCUUAUGCCCUUCUGUCGCAUCUGCCGCGUUACCUUCCGCUCGCCCAUGAUAUACGAGCACCAUAUAUGUUCCAUUGAACAUCUCAAGAAAAAGGCUAAUCAAACAGCAAGACGAGUCAGUCCAAAAGCCGAAGGUAGUGGAGAUGAGGGUAUGGAUGUCGAUUUAGACAACUUUAUGACUCUCGAUUCUGUAGGCGAUGUUGAUGAAGUUGAAGAUGAGGAUUCUGGAGGUGAGAAAAAGGAAGAAUCUUCUACUAAGAAACCAAAAGUUGAGAUUAACAUUGGAAGUGAACAUAUAAAAAAGUUGGAGGUGUGGUGGUGCGAGCUGUGCCGCGUGUACCUGCCGCGCGCGGAGGGCGGCAGCGCGGAGGAGGCGGAGGCGCUGCGCCGACACUGCCGCCUGCGCGUGCACCUCGGCCGCUACGUGCAGCACCGCGACACGCGCACGCUGCGCCGCCACGCCGAGCGGAUCCACCGCCAGCUGCACCAGCAGAAGGAAGAUGAAAAAGAAGCAGCGGCUGAGGAAACAGCAGAAAAUAAAAACAAGGUCGAAAAAACUGAACCUGCUACUGAGAAGAAAAAUCAAGAGAAUGGUGCAGAUGUUGUAAAUGCCUCAGGAAGUGAAGAUAAACUUUGGGCUGAUGUUGAUAAAGACAUUGGAGAGUUGCUUCGAGAGGUAGACCCACAAGGCAAUGAAGCUAGUGAUGAUGAGGAAGAUCUGGGAAGAUACGACAAAUUCCGCAAAAGCGACAAGAAAUCGAAGGCGGGUGAAGCAGAAGAAACAAACUCCAAGACAGAUGACGUUAAUGAAAAAGUGAAUGCAGAAGUCAAAUCUUCUGCCUAAACAUCUAAAUCUGUCUAUAAAUUUGUAGUUCUAAGGUUAUGAUUUAUUAAUGUACUUUAACUAAGGUUAUGUCUAAUUAUAUCAUAAGUCAAUAAA